AUCAAAUCCUAGCAUUUGUGCAUGAAGAAUCCUUGCGUUGUAUACCCGGAAUACCGCAGACCGUGGAAGCUACGAUCUCCGAGCAUAGUUCUCCCUACGGCAUUCCUGAUGUAAUGAUCGAGUUCAAACGACGUGUUUUUGAUCAGGUUCCAUCACAUCUGAUCUAUAUCCCGAAGAUGAAAUUGAUCUCACGGGAAGAACUUCUUACCAUACUGGAACCAGAGAAGAUCACGGAGAAAGACAUAUCUAAGCACAAGGGAUGGUCGAGAAAGUUCGCUAUAGAGUCAAGGUUGGUCCCCGACAUGCUCAAAUAUGCCAUUCUAUCACACAGAUGGGUAAAAUCGGAGCCAACGUUCCAAGACUUGAAGUCAGGAAAACGCGAAGGAGCAGGUUACGAGAAGUUACGCGAGUUUUGCACAAAAGCGAAGGAGCUCUAUAAUUGCCGUCUCGCAUGGUCUGACACAUGCUGCAUUAAUAAGGAAAGCAGCUCGGAGCUCGAUGAAGCCAUACGUUCGAUGUACAGAUGGUACCGCGAUGCUUAUAUAUGCAUCGUGCAUCUGGCUCAAUCGGAAUCAUUGGAGACGCUAGGAAUUGACGAGUGGUUCCUUCGUGGCUGGACGCUGCAAGAGCUCCUUGCGCCCCUCAGGAUGAAAUUUUACGGUCCUACAUGGACAUCCCUUACGGAUAAUGAAAACGACAAGGACGAUGCGGCGGUUGUACCUGCUCUUUCCCGGGUUACCAAAAUCCCUCUGAAUGACCUGUGCAACUUUCGCCCUGGGCCAGACCGUGCCUGGGAGAAAAUGACCUGGGCUGCGAGCAGGAAGACAACCCGUAUCGAGGAUGUUGCUUACUCCCUCACUGGUAUCUUUGACAUCAGCAUGACGAUCGCAUAUGGAGAAGGAGAUCGAGCGUUCAAAAGAUUCAUGGCAGAACUAAUUCAGAACUGCAAGGAAUGGCAAAUUCUUGUGUGGGCUGGCGGGCUCCCUGGCUGUCCAACGGAGCCUGGCUGUUACCGCACGACGAAUGACACCGCGCUGGAUAUGCUCAAGAAUCGCCAGAUCUCGUGGUGGGGAGAGGGUCGUGGUGAUUCCGACUUCUCAAUCACAAAGCGUGGCGUGCAAGUCAGACUGCUCAUGCUUCCUGCCUCUGUUAGCCAGAGUCAGUGGCAGUCGACGUUCCUUUCCCGACCCGCAGGUCGCCGCUGGGUGUCACCGCUCAAGAAGCUGGUUGUGCAUUCUCACUUCUUCCCACCGGCAUCUACGACAGAAUGGAUGGUCGGGAUUAUUAACUACCAUGACCAUGAUGACCCUGACAAAGGAAUAUUGAAACGGGGAGAAAGUUAUAUAUGCUUCCUAUUGAAGCGGUUUCGUCGCCCUGGCAUGGACACCGUGCGCAAUCACUGGAGGAGGCAGAUCACGGAGGAGAUUCUGACUGUUUCUUGCGCAAAUGACUUUGAGAAAACGCUAGAGAGUGUUUGGUUAUAAGUGAUGGAAUAGUGGUCGCGGAUUCAAUCUAGAAGAGUAACGAACGAACUGUAGUGAAAAACUUCGUACUUUGUCGUGCUUAUUCGCAUCUCCAAUAGCACCAUGA